UUCAGUCCGUGCAUAUUGUUUGUUAAGUGGAUUUCUGUCAUUGUGUUAGCUUUCUGAUUAAUUUAGAAAUUAACUGAAUAAUAUAACCUGUGCACUUUGAUGUUAACAUAAUCCAGUAUAAAUUGAGUAACUUAUCUUUGAUUUUUCCAGAUGUGGUCCUGUGGGCGUCAGUAUCACAUAUUGAUCACUUUUCACACCUGCAGUGAAGCUCCUCCAACAACAAUUCACCAAUAAAUACUGGUAAUAUUCACAUCAUCCUACAAGAGAAGGACAAACUCCAGGUGUAGCAGCUGAAAUCUGUGUGACUGUUAAAGAUGGAAUAUAUUAAAGAGGAGAUUGAAGAAAUGAGUGAUCCAGAACCGUCCCGAAUAAAACAUGGAGAAACUGAGGAACAAACAGGUUGAUGUCCAUUCUUGAUUCUUCAAUAAUUCUGUGAAUUACUAAGCAGUAUAUGGAUGAUAAAUGACAGAGAAGUGCAUCUGCAUGUUCAUAUAACAAUACAUCUUAACAAGAACAGAACUGACCUUUGAACAUCAAAGAUCUGAUACUUUAUAAUCCCACAGACAGAUUCAUUAUGCCUUGUUUUCUGUUAAAUGUUUACUUGAAUUUUCACAUUUAUCCUCCUUGAACUGAGUCUGACUACUUAAUGUUUAUUUCAGACCAGAUGGAAGUGAGACACAAACCAAAUCAAGUAAAGAAACACCGUGACUUCAAAACUCAAAUAAAAGCCAAAAAGCUGCACACCUGCUCACAGUGUGGAAAGAGUUUCCAACAUAAAGGACACCUUAAUGCACACAUGAGAAUUCACACUGGAGAGAAACCGUAUACAUGCACUCAGUGUGGAAAGAGUUUCCCAUAUACAUCUGGACUCCAAAUUCAUCUACUUAUUCACUGUGGAGAAAAGCCAUUUAACUGUGAUCAGUGUGGUAAAGAUUUUAUUUCAUCAUCAUAUCUAAAAAUACACUUGAAAGUUCAUUCAGAUGAGAAGCCUUAUGUGUGUUCUCUCUGUGGAAAGAGUUUUUCAUGGUUGGAAAGUUUUAAACUGCACCAGAAAACACAUAAUGAAGUGAGAGAUCAUGCAUGCUUUGACUGUGGGAAGAGCUUUGCUAGAGCUGACGAUCUGAAACGACACCAAAGAAUUCAUACUGGAGAAAAACCUUACAAGUGUUCACAUUGUGACAAGAGUUUCACUAUGUCUGGAAACCUGAAAGUACAUGAGCGAGUUCAUACUGGAGAAAAACCUUACAAGUGCUCAUAUUGUGAGAAGAGCUUCACUAAGACUGGAAACCUGAAAAGACAUGAGCGAGUUCAUACUGUUGAGAAGCUGUACUGCUGUACUCAGUGUGGGAAGAGUUUUACACGUUUAUCAGGCCUUCACACUCAUAUGAAAAAAUGUUGCAAGUGAUUGAAAUUCAUUUUCAUGUCAAAUACACUGAAGUAAAAGCUCUGAUAAAAAAAUAUAGAGUUUACAUAAAAGCACAGCAUCAUCUAAUUUUGUGGAUUUGGUGAAAAGCUUGGAAAACUUAAAAGACUUCAGAUUCAGAAGCGUCACCAGUCAACAACUCUUAUACUGUAAAUAGCUGUAGUUUUUCAGUGUGGAUGGAUUGUGUGCUAAAUAGGUUUUAUUUGAAUUAGAUACAUUCACAUGUAUAUUAAGCGUACUAUAUUGUGUUCUGAUAGCAAAUGUAGUUAUGAGAAAUAAAACAGAAACAACAUCUUGUAUUGUCUUGAUCUAAUUAAUGAACACAGAGAAUGACUUAUUCAGUUUUAAUCACAUUGAGUUGUUUAAUCAUUCUUAAUACUGUGAUAAAUAUGUUUUUGGAUGUACAGUAUUAAUGUCAACCAAAUGUCAGGUCUUGUAUCAUACAAAGAGGAAUUCAUUUUUAUUUUAAACUGACCAACAGCUUCAGUGAUUCUAAAAGGAGAGCUUUCAUGCUUUCUGUGUAAUUCAGUCACAACUUUAAGAAGUUUUUGUUUUUCAUUACCACUUUUCCUACAUUUCUGCUACCAUCUAGUGGUAAUUUCAUGUCUUUUUCUAAGUGUUUGUUUGCCUAGAAGGGUUAGUUUUCCUUCAUCUUUAAACUUUUAGUUUACAAACAAUGUUUUCCCUACAUCAGUGCUAUUUGAUCUGAUAUCUGUGUUUUAAAGCAGAUAUCUGUCCUGAAUUUGAAUGCUUCCGACUAAAUGCUGCAGCGAUGUUGUUAAUUCUGCAGCGAAUUCAAACACUUUCUCACUGGAUGUCCCAGCGCUGAAUAGUAAAUUUGACCAGUGUGACCUCUAACAAAAUUUAGAGAUGUGAUGGCAGGAAAGAAAGGUCGCAAAAUCAGACCAUUUGGUCGCAAGUCAGGAGCCCUGGUAGCCGAAAUGUGUGAACAAGUGAUGUCUAUUUAUAAUGUAUGGGCUUUAGCUAGAGAGCAUUUGAUUGGACAGAAAAUCUGACGAGAAAAUGAAGUGCAGAGUGAUGUCAUGAUUGAUCCACAUUGGCAGAAAUUUGAGAAUCUCUAUUUAAAUUAAAAAAGACAAGAUAGUCUAUGCAUGACCUGUCAUUUUAGGUGAUCUGUAUGUAUGUAUGUUUCAUUCAUAUUGGAAGCCAGAGGGCGCUCUCUAGAAGAAAGUCCAAAAUGGUUUCAUAGAAGUAAUAACUUAUGACAUUCCAGGAAAUCCCUUAUAUGGACAAACGCAUACAGCUAUUAGCUGCAGCAGCUGAAUAAAAAGCAGGAACGUUUAGACUGAUGAAAUGUGAAGACAAUAAACACACGGUUGCGACAAUAUACGGAUUUUAUUGUAUGGAUUAUAUGGAUAAUAUAUGAUAAGUGACAGAUUGUUUUUGAAAGAUUGUUUCUUAAGAUUCUUUUUCAUGUAAAUUUUUUUUCACACUGAUGACGUGUUGGCUUCUGUUUAAUUAUAUUUUCUGAGAUAUUGUUUGUUUUUUGAAUACGAUUUUCUUUCCCAGUUAUAAAAUCCUGUAAAUAUUUUUGUACGAGUUACUGCAGUAAUAUUACUGGAAUCUUUAAAACCAUCUCUACAAUGCAAAUGAUUCACAAUUUGUUUAUUAUUCAAUAUUUUAUGGAUUCUACAUCCACCAAAUCUGGUGAACUGAAGCUUUGGAACUUUGUUGUUUCUAAACAGACAAUAAUAAAAGAUAAAAGUGAACUCAUCUGUAUAUGAAACAAGACCUGAUUGUUUGGUUAACAAUAAUGCUGUACAUCCCAAACA